AAUGCAGGCGGAUAACGGGAGGAUGGAGAAUGGUGCAACGACACUCGACAAGAAAUGCCACGGUCUCUCAAAAGGAUUGAUGCACCUCUCAAAGGCCUCCGACACUUGAGAUCCAACAACAACGCAAACAGAACAGAUGAAUAGCUGAUUCAAGUUUGGAGCUGUUGCGCCUUCACUAGGCAGGCCAAUGCAGUGUGUGGGGCCUGGUGUCCAAGCUGACGAGAACAUGAACGGAGCAGGAGAGCAGGUGGAUAUCCUGCCCCCAAACUGCAUGGUGAAGGACCGAUGGAAAGUGCUCAAGAAAAUUGGAGGGGGAGGUUUUGGGGAGAUAUACGAGGCCUUGGACCUGCUGACACGAGAGAAUGUGGCCCUUAAGGUGGAAUCAGCCCAGCAACCCAAACAGGUCCUCAAAAUGGAAGUUGCUGUCCUGAAGAAACUGCAAGGUAAAAAUCACGUUUGUAAAUUUAUUGGAUGUGGGAGGAAUGAGAAGUUCAACUAUGUAGUCAUGCAACUUCAGGGAAGGAACUUGGCUGACCUAAGACGUAGUCAGCCUCGUGGGACAUUCACCAUGAGCACUACGUUACGUCUGGGCAAGCAGAUACUGGAAUCCAUAGAGGCCAUCCACUCUGUAGGCUUCCUGCAUAGAGACAUUAAGCCUUCAAACUUUGCCAUGGGUCGACUUCCCUCGACAUACAGAAAGUGUUAUAUGUUAGACUUCGGGCUUGCACGCCAGUACACCAAUACUACAGGAGAGGUUCGACCGCCUAGAAGUGUGGCUGGAUUCCGAGGAACUGUUCGUUAUGCAUCAGUAAAUGCACAUAAAAACAAAGAAAUGGGACGACAUGAUGAUCUGUGGUCACUGUUUUACAUGUUGGUAGAAUUUGCGGUGGGUCAGUUACCAUGGCGAAAAAUCAAAGAUAAGGAACAAGUGGGCCAAAUUAAGGAGCGUUACGACCACAGAAUGCUGCUCAGACACAUGCCUUCAGAGUUUUAUUGCUUUCUUGAACAUGUAUCAGGCCUUGACUAUUUAACCAAGCCAGAUUACCAGUUGCUCAUGUCAGUGAUUGAGAACAGUAUGAAAGAGCGCAGUAUCACAGAGAAUGAGGCGUUUGACUGGGAGAAGGGGGGGACAGAUGCAGGACUGGCAACCCCCCCUCAACAAAACACAACAGAGCGCCGUCAGAACGCUGCCAUGGAGGGUGUGUUGAAUGUAUGUCCUGUUCCUGGUGAGAUGCCAAGAGAUUCCACUGGCGAUGUACUGCAGGAUGAGCACCUGAGCAACCAGGAAAACGCUCCACCUGUUCCCAGUAGGUCCCGAGAUGGGACCCGGGCUCAGGCAGAGGGCGAGGCCUGGGAAGAUACAGACUUCAACCGCAACAAACUCAGGAUCAGCAUCAGCAAGACACAGUUGACUGCCGAGGAGGAGCCAGCCAAGGCAGCGUGUCCUGCAUCCCCAGUAGGAGACCCACCAGACUCUCCCGGAGCUCAGGCCCGUGUCCUCAUGUACCGAAGGGUCAACAGCCCGGAAUCCGACCGCCUAUCUGCUGCUGAUGGAAGGCCAGAUGUCUAUGACAGGCGGUCCCGGAUGGACAUCCUGGGGUCCCCAUCCCGCCAUGUGUACUCCUCCCAGCCGGCCCAGAUGCUGUCCCUCGAGGCAGGGGGAGGUAACAGGCAGGCAGACGGAAGGCAGGAGGUCUCCGCUGCCUCCGCAGGUGACCCCGAGGCCUGCAGCAACGCCUUCAUUCGUUCUGUGCCUCUGGCUGAGGAAGAGGACUUUGACAGCAAGGAGUGGGUGAUGAUCGACAAGGAGACAGAGCUGAGGGACUUCCACCCCGGGGCCGAGCCCACCACCUCGGGCACCACAGACGAGGAGCCGGAGGAGCUGCGCCCUCUGGAGGAGCAGGAGGAGCGCAGGCGGUUACGGGGAGGUCCCGGAGUUGGGGAGGUGGUAGUGCGGCCUAAGACGCACGCGGACCGCGGGGCGACUAGAGGCACUGGGGCACUACACGAGGAGAGCGAAUCAGUGCGAAGGCAACAAGAAAACCGGGCCCAGAGACGGGAAUCAGAACCCUUUAGACCACAUGGGCAGGUAUCCAGUACUCCAGUACUAAACCAGUGUAGCAGUUUGGAGGAUGACCAGAGUGAAGAGAAGUACAAACUCAAUGUCCACACAAAAGGUUGCUCACGAGAAUUAGUUUGCCUGUCCACCAUGCCCAAUGCCACUCCUCAGCCUCUCCAAGAGCCCUUGAAACCCAAUCUUGACGUCCAGACAGAGGAGGUGGACACACCAAGAACUGGAGCACGGUCAAGUAGGGAAGAUAGCCCCAAGAGCAACGAAGGCAGCCAGGAAGGAGAUGAUGAUGAAGGGGCUCCUUCCACCCUUCUAGCUGACAUGUCCCCACAGGGUGCCCAGGGUCGGGUCUCUGCCAGUGAGCCAGACCUUGAGCUGGAGGAGGGCUCCAAGACCCUGGUGCUCUUCUCCCCUGGUGACAUCAGGAGAUCCUUGGUUGUAAUGGGGGAGGGGAAUUUGCCUCUGGACAUGGAUCAGGGCACACUGGUGGCCGUCACACCUCAGUUUGACAGAGUCCAGGUGUUAGGAAGCCUGCUAGAUGUCUUGGAGCCUGUGAACUUGUCUUCUUUGCUCAAAUCUGAACCCAAACCUUUGACAUCCCUCGCCAAAGUAGCCGCUGUGGCUGCGAGCAACUCCUGCCCUAUCACCAAAGUGGAACGUACCUUCAUUCACAUUGCAGAAACCACCCACCAAAAUGUAAUGUGCUCUUCGGGUGCCCUGCAGACCAAACAGCUUCUGCCGCAAGUCACUGGGGAGCCAUCUGCAGAGCAGAAGGACUUCUCAAAUAGAGAAAAGGAGAACAGUAGGGAGAACUGGUCAAAUGAAGCAAUUUCUGAAAGGGAUGAUGCAAAGAAAAGGAACCAUGAAUCGGAAUGGGCUGAUCAUCCAAUCAAUGAAAAGGAUAAAGCAUCUGAAGGCAAGGUGGGAGACGCAAACAAUAGAUCUGACAAAGACAUACCAGGGAGGGACAACGAGGGGGGGAGAGAGAUUAAGUCUGAUGUGGAUGUUGCAGAGAGAGAAGCCAUGAGUGCUUCAGUUAGUGAAAAGUUGGCUUUAGUUGAAAACCUUGUGGUAAAAGAGGCUGAGAAUGCCAGUUUAGCUGAAGAAAGAGAGGGGGCAAUCCAAAUCUAUGAGUCUAGCACAGAAAAUAUAGGGGCAAUCCAAGAAACCCAGAAUGUAUCUCUCAGUUCCCCAGACAGUAAGUUCAUGUCUCAACAACAAGGCAACAAUAUUGUAACGCCCCCUGAGAUUCAGCUUGGCCAGGUGUCAGUGUCCAGAAUACAAAGCAACCCCCAACAUGUCAUGGAACAAUUCCAUCCAGCUUCUUCACAGGAAGAAACCAAGGGCUCUCAUGAGCUAGAUCAGGAAAUUGGCCCUAGUGGUCAAUUGGCAGAGGUAACAAACACACAGACCAGCCAUCAUAAAGGCAGUCGAAUCCCCAUCCCUGUGCUUCUAUCUGAGGAGGACGCUGGCUCGGAGCAAUCCCAGUCACUCAGUGAGCCCAGAAAACGGCUGAGGCCUAAGCGACCCCAUCUUGCUCGUCUAGUGAUGGAGAGGAGGCAGCUGAGGCUGGCUUCUGGGGCCUCAUCCUCUGCCUCCUCAGGGGACAAUGUUUGUAGAGCCUCAAGAAGCCCAUCUGUUACUGCUUCAGAAGAGGACACCCCCAAUUCGGAUGAUUCGCUUGCCAGGAAGUUCAGAGACAAAAAGGAAGCAGGACAUCAACAGAGUAAGAUACCUCGUCCCAUCAAAUCAGCAAAGGGAUCCUCUGUCAUGUCACCUCCACUGUUACCCACUGGUUCCGGUGUCCAGAAGUCUUUACCUAUACAAAGAUUCCAAACCUGCAAAAAGGGAAGCAUGAAAAUGAAUUUGAGGUCCCAAAUGCUCCAAUCCAAACCCACCAUGUCUCACAGCUCUCCUAUAACUGGACACCAAGGCUGGGUUCCUCAGCCCCCAUCCACAUGCUCCUCCCCACGUAGCCUCAGCACCUCCCCACGCAGUUACUCCACCUCCCGGACGGACAGCCCCUCUCCCCAGCGCCAGCGUAGGGGCACUGCAGUCACAGAGGUCCACAGGCAGCUCAUUUCUUUCCGGGUACAAAACGCUGCACCACUUAAAGCUAGAGCUCCCUUCACUGAGGACUCCACUGCUGCCACGGCCAUCACCAAUAGGCUUGGGAGACGGGGUAAAACCUACCCAUUGUUAACACCCACUAAGGGGAAACCAGAUGCUACGGAGAGCAAGACCACAAGAUAAUACUAAUAGAAAAUUAGGAAUGUUUUAACUUUCCAUAUUCCAAAUGCACUUCAUAAAUUACUUAAAGUCAGUAACCCUAGACCUUAAAAGUGUCAGAGGAAUGCAGAUGUAUGUUUGCCAUAUUAAUCAAUGACAAAUUAAAUGUCCUGCAAAAAAGCAGUACCACAUAAACAGCUGACCCUCAACACCACACUUCACAGAUGGCCCCCAGCACUUGGAUAGCUGCAGUUUGGUUAUGAGAAAGGACUGCACACUUUACACUUUACUGUUUGCCUUAACAAUACAAGGUUCCAUUCUCCUCCCAUCAUAUAGGCUUCCAGGUAUGAAACAGCUUACUGCAAAACUGGGUUGCACCUAAUUUGGAUAGUCCCCAUAGAUUGUUUGUAGAUGCAAAAAUUGAUGAAUGUCACCUGUGACUACUGAAAUGUAUACAUUUGUAAGGUUAGGGUGAGUUUAUAUAAGCAUAACUAUCAUCCAUUGAGCAUCUAUAAGCUAUCAAUAGACCAUCUCAACUAUCCAAGAAACUUAUGAACUAUCCAAAUAAAGGGUUCUCAUUUCAUUGCCUUUGCAUUAACAAAGUGCUUAUAUAGUGUGUGACAUGAUGCACUGCUGACAUAUCUUUUUUCCCAUUACGUAACCGUUAUAAUUGAUGCAUCUACAGUGAAAUUUGCUUCUAAAAACCAUAAAAAAACAUUGUCCAAAACAUUUUCAGCCAAAGGGGAUGUGUAUUUACAUAGCAUUUCAGUUUCUCCUCAUAUGAAUUAGUUUAAAGGGCAAGACAUAGCUAGUUUAGCUGGUGUUUUUGCACGUAGUCUAAAAGAAGGAUGCUAUAGUAUUGUACUGUAUUCCAGGUACUUUUGAAUUCAUGUAACUGAACAUUUACUGAAUUUUGUGCAAGAUUCCAAAUCCAAAUUUGACACUAGCAAGAUGACUAAUGCUAACCACAGCUAACACAGAUUCUUCAAAGUGCCUAUUGACACAACAGCAAUCUUCUGCUUCAAUGCAAGUGCACCAAAUGACAAAAUAGUCACAAACUUGGCAGUACCCUUUAUAAUUGCUGUCCCUAUGAAUGUGUAUAAGAACAUGUGCCUAGUCCUUGAUGUUAUCUGCUUUACAUUUAGUAAUAUGAAAUGUGAUUCUUUAUUACUGUCUACUCAUUUAGUCAUUUAGCAGACGCUCUUAUCCACCACAACCUAGGCUCAACACUGGCUCAAAUCGUUCCAAGAUGUUAGUUAUGUUAUAAACAUGUCUCUUAAGGUGCCCCGUUUUACAAUUCAUGAGUGAUUUACACAAGUGUGUUAACAAAUUAUGAAAUUGAAAUACACAUGUGAAAUUCUUAGUUUCAUAUAGUUCUGCAUGUCUUGUCUACCUCUGAGGAAUGAGUGCACCAUUACCUAAAAAGGUUUGAUCCAAAGAAUGGCUUUACGUAAGCAUCCAUUACUUUCAAGCCUUAUUGAGAAUUGUCUUACUUAAGCAUAUAAUUGUCUAAUUCCUGGUAGUACAAAAGUUUAGUAUAAACCGUUUGACAUCUUCUGACAUAACAGAGUACAACGUACAAAUAGUAAUAAUUGACCAUAUUGAGUUAAAUGUUGUGUUUCUAGUUAUAACCAGAUUAGUUAGUUCUAAACAGAGACAGGUUGCAACAAUACUGGUGUUAGAUUACUGGUAAAAUGUCAAUUACUAUGAUUCUGACUGUACAGUAAUUUCACAACUUUGAAGAAAGUAAACUUCCUCCUUAAUUUUAUAUCCAUGCUGAAACAACCAUCAUUUUUGGGAAAUUUAGGCGCAAUCGCUGUCUAUUAUUCAUCAACUACACCAAUGAUGGCUUUAAAAUGCUAACGUUUUUGAGAAAAAGUAAACUAACACUUGCAUUUUUAUUUUACCGUAUAUCGUAUUUUAACACUUUGCCACAAAUGUUCCAGUGGUUCUACUUGAGUUACAGGUGAAUUCAGAGUUUUCUGCAUCUAUACACUAUCCAUGUUUACCUGUAUUUGUAGACAUUUGCCCAGUCAACAUGAACUCAGCAUGAAUGUUUCAUUAAAUAAACCAUUAUCAUGUAACUGCUUACGUGAAAUACCUUUCUAAAUGACUCAGUUUAUCAAUGAGUGUCA